CAGUUCUUUCCAGUGAAAUACAAAAGUCACAAACGUGGAAUUCUGGAAAUUCUUUACAAUUUCUCAUCGAAAAAACACGUCAAAAUUUAAUCAAAGCAGAAAAUUGUAAAAAUAUUAAAACUCGUAUGCCACGACGAGCAGCUAUGCUAUAAAAACACAAUAAAGUUAUUAAUUAAGUGUUAUUGUUAACGUGCAGUGUCCUUGGCGUAACAAAAACAAAAAUCCCUUAAGUGAACGCUGUAAAGUACCAAUUAGCAGGAAGGGCUUUUAACAAUCUUAAUAGAAGUGCAAUUAAAAUAAGCACAAUGUCUAACUCAAGCGCAGGACCCACAAAACAGGAUAUUGAGGCAGUGUUUCAUCGACUACGUGCACAACCAGCUAACAAAGCUUGCUUCGAUUGCUCAGCGAAGGCGCCCACCUGGUCUUCCGUUACGUAUGGCAUUUUUAUAUGCAUCGAUUGCUCGGCAGUACAUCGCAAUUUGGGUGUGCAUUUGACUUUUGUGCGCUCAACAAAUCUUGAUACCAACUGGACUUGGGUGCAGCUGCGGCAAAUGCAACUCGGAGGCAAUGCAAAUGCUGCACAGUUCUUCCGUCAACAUAACUGUGUCACCACCGAUGCGCAGCAAAAGUACAAUUCACGUGCAGCGCAAUUGUAUCGCGACAAGUUGGCAGCUUUGGCACAGCAAGCGAUGAAAGUGCAUGGCACGAAGCUGCAUUUGGAUCAUACCGCAGAUAAGGCGGAUGGUAAUGAGUUGAAAUCCAAUACCGAUGCCGAGGAAGAUUUCUUUGCUGAGUGCACCAACGACAAUAAUAAGAAAUCCUUGUUCGACAACAAUAACAGUGAACGGGAAGUGAAGCUGGACAUUAUCACCAAAACUGCCACGCCCGCGCUCUCUAAAGACAAAACAUCCACUGAAAACAUUAGUGCCGGUGCACCGAGUGUAGAUUUUCUGAAUUCCGUUGUACCACCGACGGCUGUUGCACCUUCAAUAGGUGUGCGCAAGAUACAGCCAAAGAAAUCAGGUUUGGGUGCACGCAAAGGGGGACUGGGUGCUACUAAAGUAAAAACUAAUUUCGCUGAAAUCGAACAACGUGCAAAUCUAGCGGAUCAGUGCAAGGAAGUGCCAGUUGUGCCCGAUAAGCCACAAACUGCCGAGGAAGAGCAAGAGUCAGUGGCUAGCAUGCGCUUAGCAUACAAGGAUCUGUCGUUGCAAAAGCGACGUGAAGAGGAGAAAUUAAAAUCGGUUGAUCCAGCUAAGGCCAAGCAAAUGGAGCGGCUUGGCAUGGGUUUCAGCUUGCGCGGUUCGGAUAUUUCACAUUCAGCGCUAAGCGAUAUGGAGACCAUACAGCAAUCGGCCGCGCCGAAGACACAGACCAAAAGUGCUAGCAGCUUUAUCAAUACUGAUGAAUUUGCUGAUAUUGAUAGUGUUUUAGGUGACUACUCGAGUCAUUUGUAUAUUGAUAAUGUGGGUGUGCGUGGCAAUGGUGGUGGUGGUGUGAAAAGCUCCAAACUGGAUAAAAGUGAGCUGGAACUGAUGGGCUUUGAGGCAAUUGAACCGAUUGGUGGUGGACAUUCCAAUAUUACUUCAAUGUUUGCUGGUGCCGAUGGCGAUGCUAAGCUAAAACAGCCGACUGCUAAACCCGCAACCGCAAGUAGUGCGCAAAAAACGGCAAACAAAUCGAAAAGCAUGACUUUCGAUGAUACUUCGGCACAGCAGAAGUUCGGCAGUGCUAAAGGUUUCGGUUCGGAUCAAUACUUUGCCGAUGAUCCAAGCAAAAGCGAAAGCAGGAAAGCGAAUCUGACGCGUUUCCAAAACUCUGAUAGUAUAUCAUCGUCGGACUACUUCGGCAGGAAUGAAGGCAAUGGCAUGCGUGGCCAGGGCUCACGUGAUAACGCCGCUGUCGUUUUCCAAGCGCCCGAUUUGGACGACGUUAAGGAGAGCGUGCGACAGGGUGUGCACAAGGUUGCUGGACGCCUCAGUUCGAUUGCAAAUGAUGUCAUGUCAUCGAUUCAAGAUAAAUAUGGCUACUGAUCGAUGAUUUUGUGGCCUUCUGUAUGCAGGCGCACUUUCCAUUUGCUAUGCAUAGUUAAUAAUUGCAUUUGAAAAACAUAAAUAAUUGUGCAAAUUUAAACAGAAAAAAAAAAAAACAACAAAAAUCAAUUAUAGGCAUAUGAAAUUGCUAGCGAAAUAAUGAAAACGUUUAAAAUAAAUAAAUUACAGCAAGGUAAAUAGUUUUCUAUAAUUAUCCAGUAGUCGCAUAUAAACUCACGAAAAGUCUAUUUACGAAAAAAAAAAGAAAAAUUUAAAUGCCAUCGGAACGAAUACAAUUAGCUUUGCGCCAUUUCACGUUGUUUUUCAUCAUAAUAAUUCGCAUGAAGUUGUUUAAAGUUAUCGAGCCAUACUUUUUAACAAAUUUUUUUCAAUUUUUUUUUUCAAAUUUUUUUCAAUUUUGUUUUUAAAUUUUUUUUAACUUUUUUCAGAAACCUUUUUUAAAUUUAUUUCAGAAAAUUUUUUUUUCCGAAAUUUUUUUCAAAAACUUUUUUUUUUUAAUUUUUUUCAAAAACUUUUUUUUUUUAAUUUUUUUCAAAAACUUUUUUUUUUUAAUUUUUUUCAAAAACUUUUUUUUCAAAAACUUUCAAAAACUUUUUUUCAAAAACUUUCAAAAACUUUUUUUUCAAAAACUUUUUUUUCAAAAACUUUUUUUUCAAAAACUUUUUUUUCAAAAACUUUUUUUUCAAAAACUUUUUUUUCAAAAACUUUUUUUUCAAAAACUUUUUUUCAAAACUUUUUUUGUCACAAAUUUUUUUUUUUUUUAAUUUUUCGAACUUGUAAUUGGCGCUACUUUUCCAAUGUAUGUAUGUAUUUAGCUGGUUAGCAACACCAUUGUAGUGAACACCAUUAGUCAGUAAGUGGAAAUAUGUAUGUAUAAUCACAUGUAUAAAAUAUAACGGUUUUAAAUUCUCAAUAUUUUAAAUUGUUAAGCUUGUAAUUUUUUUUACUUUUAGCUGUUCAAUACCUUUGACUUCCAUUAGCAAUUGCUUAGUUGUAAUAGACACUAAAAACACUGUAUAAUUCCAACAAAAUUUUCUAACUGUAAACCAAACCCAAAAAUGUUUUUUUUUUAGUUUUAAUAAGAAGUCGUAUUUUAUGCGCAGACCUCUUGGAACUGUAUAAUAAAUGUCACUCACUUUUGUCAAAUA